AUGACGAGCGUGCUGGUGCGCGCCGCAGCCGCGCGGGCGCUGCACAACCUGCUGCGCGACUUCACCGAGAGCCUGUGGCAGCGCGCCGACGAACAGGACCAGCCGGUGCUGCUGGACGACUCGCUGCAUCAGCACCCAGUGGCGGCGGUGGUGGAGUUGGUCAAGCUGUCGUUCGACGAGCAGCAGCGGAGCGCGCUCUGCCAGCUGGGCGGCCUCUACAGUCUGGCCGAGCUGGUGCAGGCCGAGCACGAGACGCACGGCCCGGCCACCGGCCACCCGGCCUGCAACACCACCCGCAGGUUCGCCAGCAUGGCGCUCACCAACCUGACGUUCGGCGACGGCACGAGCAAGGCGUUGCUGUGCGGCCAGCGCGCCUUCAUGCGCGCUCUCGUCACGCAGCUUCACUCACCCAGCGAGGAGCUUGUGCAGGUGACCGCCAGCGUGCUGCGUAACCUGUCGUGGCGCGCCGACUCGGCCAGCAAGCAGGCGCUGCGUGAGGCGGGCGCCGUGACUGCGCUGACGCGCGCCGCGCUCGCCACGCGCCGCGAGCCGGCCCUCAAGCCGGUGCUGUCUGCGCUCUGGAACCUCUCUGCCCACUGCGCCCUCAACAAGGCGGACAUUUGUGCUGAGGAGAACGCGCUGUCUUUCAUCGUCAAAACGCUCAACUACGAGUCGCCAUCCAAAACGCUUGCCAUCGUGGAGAACGGUGGCGGCAUUCUCAGGAACAUCUCUAGUCAUAUUGCCGUUCGUGAGGACUACAGGCAGGUGCUGCGUCAGCACGGCUGCAUUGCCACCCUGCUGCAGCACCUGAACUCGCCCAGCCUCACCGUGGUCAGCAACGCCUGCGGUACGCUCUGGAACCUGUCGGCGCGCUGCACGCUCGACCAGCGCGCCCUCUGGCGGCUGGGUGCCGUGCCACGGCUGCGUGCGCUCGUGCACAGCCCGCAUCAGAUGAUCGCCAGCGGCAGCGGCGCCGCCCUGCAGAACCUGCUGGCGGCG